GGAAGGAAACGUCGAGGGCUUCAUCAACAGACAGGGGAGUCUCUUGUCAGGCUGAUAGAAGGCUGGCUAUAUCAAAUAAAAGCCUGACACGGGAUACGCCACGGAAAUCUCUCUGGCUGAGAUAACCUCGUCGACGUUUACAGAAAAUAAUUCCAGCGGCUGGAGAUCCAGAUGUUUACGUAAAACAAGCUGUCAAUCGUAUUCUUGGAACUGGAACUUUCAUCGCAUUUUGAUUCUCUCUGUGCUGCUUGGGGGGGUGGCUACAACGGUGCCACAUUUAACUCGUUUGCGUCACGCUUUGGAGUUUCCUCCCUGGUUAGACAUUUGGCGUUUGCUGAGGUUUUGAGACCAUUUUUGGCUGGUGGGCUAAAGCUGCGUUCUCCGAUGGGUUACAUGGCGUGCAUUUGAUCCUGGGGUGUGCGCUGCGCGAUGGCCGCGUCGGGCGGACGGAAGAGCGAGAAGUUGGACGAGGCGCAGGCGUUGGCCCGGAGCUGCGCGGGGAGACCGGACUUUCUCCCGUGCGACGGACUGUCCAUCUGCGCCACUCACAGCCACGGGAAGUGCUUCAAGCUCCACUGGUGCUGCCACUUGGGAUGGUGUCACUGUAAAUAUGUGUACCAGCCGAUGACCAACGUGUGCCGCCUCCCCAGCACCCCAGUGCCUGCCACGCCCACAGACCACCACCAUACCAUGGACCUGACAGUCUCAUUGGCCGAACGCUUCCUCAUGACCGCCCCCGCCUUCCAAGCCCCGCCCUGCCCGGAGUCGCCAAAGUUCUGCAUCAUCUCAGACCUCUUCGUGGACGACUACAUGGUCAAACGCAUCAAUGGGAAGAUGUGCUAUGUCCAGAGACCUCAACCUUCGACCAUGCCCAGCCCGCCUCAAUCACAUCCCCCUCACCCCUGGUCCAAACCCCACCCCCAACGGACCCCCAGACACCACCCACACCUCCAGCCCAGACCACACCCCCAGGGCACCAAGCCCAGUGCCCUGGGGGACAAGGUCACCACCCCCAAAAUAGACCACUGCUCCUCCCCGUCCAGCUCUGAGGAUUCUGGGAUAAAUGCGCUGGGCGGCCAUUACAUGGAGUCAUGUGACGAGGGUUCUGAGGAAGAGGAGGAAGACGAGGAGGAAGUGGAGGAGGAUGAAGAGUUAAGUAGUGAUGGAGAGUCUAGUCCACUAAGUAUGUGGAAUCAAGAUGAGUGUUCUCUGCUCUCUCCGUCCAAGUCUAUGGUGGAGAUUAUUGAGAAGAUCGAGACAACUGUGUGAGACAACUUGCACUGUCGCGUUGAAAUGGAGACGAUGAGACAGUGAUCUAGCCGGUUCAGCUUAGAGCCACACACACACACACACACACACACACACACACACACACACUAGCCUGUCAACAUUCCUCUAACUUAUACUAAUCGUACAACAUCAAAACAGUGACCUGUUACCUAUGAACUUUGACCUUUCACCUGUUAUAGCAUGGUUAUCUUUGACCUUUCACCCUGUUAUAGCAUGGUUACCUAUGGCCUUUCACCCUUUUAUAGCAUGGUGUACCAACCGCAUUCUACUCUGGAGGGAUUUCACUUAUCUUUCCAGACCAGUAGUCAGCUGAAAGAACCCACAAAUGAACAAGAGCACAAAUGUAGGAAUAAGUGGAUGUGAUCUAGUCCAUGAAGAGCACGAUGUGACCAAACACAUUCUGAGUCAUGAGGCUACUGCUUUUUACACAACAAUCAAGGUUGAAACCCAAAUGGCACCCUAUUCUCUAUAUAGUGCACUACUUUAGACCAGGGCCCAUAGGGGAUAGUGCACUACUUUAGACCAGGGCCCAUAGGGGAUAGUG